GAAUAAUACGCCCAUACAGAUUCGCUCCAGGCGAUCACACAACAAAUCCCGCUUGGGCUGUCAGAAUUGUAAGAAAAGACGCAUCAAGGUAGCUUCUUCUCCUAUGCCUCUUUUCUCUCGUCUGCCCGGAGGUCAAGGGUAUAUAUAUCCUGGCAGUUGCACCAGCACCACCAGCACCACCAUCAUGGUCAAGAUGCGCUCUGCUCUGCGUGCCUUGGCUUGCUUUUGGCCCAAUUCUGCUACCUACUCUACGCUUACCGACCAUGCUAACCCCCUCCAGUGCGACGAGAAGAAACCACAUUGCACCAACUGCGUGCGGCAUUCGAUCGAAUGUGAUUUCACCCACCCGGCGGCGGCCUCCGCCACGCCCCCGGCCUCCACGCGACGGUUUCGCUUUCGACCAUCCAAAUACCAGCCCGAGUCCCGGGCCUCCUCCUCCAAGGGUUCCAAGGAUAGCACCCCUGAGGUCGGCCCCCGCGACCCUCCCGCCACCUCCACCGGCGUGCAAUGUGAUCUCGCCGCCAGCAGCGUGGCCGGCGGCAUCUCGUUUGCCGACCUGAAACUCUACCACCACUACCUGACCAGGACGUACAAAACCCUGGCGGACGAGGUGAUGGACAUCCACCGUGUCUGGCCCGACCACGUCCCCCAAUGGGGCAUCACCUUCCCCUCCCUCAUGCAUCUGGUCCUCGCCCUCUCGGCGCUCCACUGGGCCCAUGAGGACCCGGCUUCGGGCACGGAGUACAUCGCGCAAGCCGACGACCACUUCACCUUUGGGGUCCGAUCGGUCACGGCCGUCCUGUGUCUCCUCAAUGCUGAGAACUGCCAGUUGAUCUACAUGGCCGCGGCACUGAUCUGUCUGGUGUACUUCGGCCGCGGGCCCCGACCCGGCGAGUUUCUGGUCUUCAGUGAGCGCGGCCCGUCCGAGUGGCUGGUGCUGAUGCGCGGGGUACACUCCAUCGUCAAGGAGCAUCAUGCCCGCGUUUUCACGGGCGUGCUGUUGCCGAUCCCGGAUGAUCGGAUCGCCGGCGUGAGUGCCGAGCUGCAGCCCGAGCUGGACGAACAUCUGCUCCGGAUUGAGCGCGUGCGAGCGUUCAUGCAGUCCCGGGUCCGAGAGACAUCCCGACGGGCCAUGUUUGGCACGGCCCUCGAUGAUCUGCGCGGGGGAUUUGAAGAGGUGUAUAAGAUUCGCAGCGCCGGGCAGGAUGGCAUCAACCUGAUGCACCUGGUGGUGGGGUGGGUGUAUCGACUCCCGGAGGGGCUGAUCAGUCUGUUGGGACAACGGGACAGUAGCGCGUUGGUGAUGUUUGGCCAUUGGAGCAUUCUGUUGGUGUAUAUGCGGUCGGCGUGGCUGAUGCGGGGGUGGGACGCGCAUGUGCUGGAGGGCGCGCGGGCGGCCCUGCCGGAGGAGGACCGACACUGGCUGGACUGGCCGACCCAGGUGGUAUAUGCUUGACUAUACCUCCUUGUAUACUCC